AUGAAGGUUACUCUAGUGUUGACUGUGGCCGUUCUGGCAAUCGCUUUGGCUCGGCCAAGCGAUUCACGUUGGCGGAGGCGCGGCGGCUGGCGACACAAGGGCCAUGGGCAUCACGGCUGGCACAAGAAACCUCACAAACACGGAGGACGGUUCGGUUGGGACUCUAGCGAUGAAUGGGAGCACAGGAAACAUCGCACUACCACCCUCGCCACCACCACCACGACGACUGAAUUACCUAUCAUCACAGAAUCAACUACGACUUGGCCAGCGGAUACAACUCCUGAACCAACUACAGUAGAAGAAGUAUCAGUAGAUGAAUCAACAACCACAUGGCCAACGGAUACGUCUCCUGAACCAUCUAUAGAAGAACAGUCGACGACUUAUGGGACUGAACAAUUUCCUGAACAGAGCCCAGAACCAUCUGAAGGCACCGGACAAGUACCUGAACCAAGCCCAGAGCCAUCUGAAGGCGCUGGAGAACCUGACCAAGAUCCAUCUGAAGGCACUGGUCAAGCACCUGAGCCAACCCAAGAUCCAUAUGAGGGCACUGGACAAAUACCUGAACACAGCCAAGAUCCAUCCGAAGGCCCCGAACAAGCAACUGAGCCUACCCAAGAUCCAUAUGAAGGCACUGGACAAAUACCUGAUCACGGCCAAGAUCCAUCUGAAGGCACUGGACAAGCAACUGAGCCUACCCAAGAUCCAUAUGAGGGCACUGGACAAAUACCUGAUUACAGCCAAGAUCCAUCCGAAGGCACCGAACAGAGCAACUGA